CGAAUCCCGCGUUGACAUCCCGUCUUGAGUAUCGCUCAACACACCCCUUUGCUCCGUCCCUCUUUUGACUCCAACUUCUCCCGAAUCACAACUCCGCAAUGGGUAAGCGCACGCGAAAGGUCGGCGUUGUCGGAAAGUAUGGUACCCGUUAUGGAUCGUCGCUCAGAAAACAGGUGAAGAAAAUGGAAAUCGCUCAGCACGCCACCUACACUUGCCCGUUCUGCGGAAAGAACUCGAUCAAGCGUACGGCCGUAGGCAUCUGGCAUUGCAGGGCAAAGACCUGCGCCAAGAGCAUUGCCGGCGGCGCCUGGUCGGUCAACACGCAGGCUGCUACCUCGGUCCGCAGUACUAUCCGCCGUCUGCGUGAGGCCGUCGAACUCUAA